GCGGCGUCCUCCUCCAACCUUACGGACACAACAAUGUGGACAGCGCUUCUGCAUCAUUGAGCGGUUACUCCUUGUCCUACCUCGCCCUGCUGCCCGCUUGCGCAGAUUCCGCUGCCAUCAACUGCCCAGUUCUCGAAUCAACCAUCAAGGCAGCACCGAGGCAGCACUCCACCUUAUCUCCCUCCUCGAUGUCUGAGACACUCUCCGCUGCGAUUGUGAUUGGAUGACUGCAAUCAUCUGCACCAGCAAGCAAUGUUCCGCAACCCCCGCGAGAACGCCAUCCCCUCCUCAAGUCCCGUUCCACCAUCAACAGGCCGAGCCCCCACGCCACCGAACGGCACCUCUACCCCGCGGACCCUCCCACCCUCCACAUCCGCAAUGUCGACGAAACCUCUGACCCCUCGUCCGCACUCGAAGAGUAAUGUGCCGGCUGUGAGUAGGAGUACUGGCGCGAAGAAGGCUGCAUCUGCGAAUACGAAGACUUCUGCAAAGACGCCAGCCAAGAACAAUGCUAGUAUCUUGAAUUUCUUCAAGAAAGUCGAUACGCCGGUAAAGGAGAAGGAUGACUCGAUCUUCAUGUCUCAAAGUGGAGGGUCGGGAAACAAUGGCUUCUUGCAACGACAAAAGGAAAGAGUGGAGAGCCCGGGCUUUGAUGCGGGAGAGCUAGGGUUGGAAGAGGAUUUGGAUUUAUAUGGAGACGGGGUGGAUGGCAGGUUCAAUGAGAGUGCUGGGAGUGUGAAGCGGAGGAAGACGAGCACUUUGGAUGAUAUGGAGAUUGCGGAUAGUGAGGCGGAGGAGAGUCAGUUGUCGAUGUUUGGCCCGGAAGUGGAGGUUGUGGAUAUGACUGAUGAGGCGGAGGAAGAACGGGCUUGCACGCCACCUCCACCUCCUCCGCAGCCACAGGUCAAGGUCAAUACAAAGAAGAAACGGAGGACGGGUCCAUUUCUAUCGGAUUCGGAUUCGGACGAUUACGUCGACUCGCAACCUGUUCAGCAAGAGGCUGUACUGGUAGAGAAAAGAGAGCUUAGAGCGAGGGUGUCGAAGCAGACUGAGGAUGAGAAUAUGUUGAUUGAAACGGAACCGAUUGAUCAAGAGGAGAUACAUGAGAAUAAGCCUGUGGUUCCGGAGGUUGAGUCUGUGGUGCCGUUGGAGAAGAUAGUGUGGAAACGACGGAAGAGGGUCCCUGUUGCUGAGGCGCAGGCGAAAUGGGAGGCUCUUCAACCGAAGUCAAAUUCGAAUAGCAGUGCAGAGUCAUCAGGCAACGAGGAGAAAGCUACACCACCUCCCGUUAUUCCGGCCUUGAAGAAAGAGGACACGAGUGUCGAUGAAUGGGGCAAGUUUGAGGAUAUCGAUGAUUUCCCGGAUGAUAUCGAUGAAUUUGAGGAUGGAGAAGAAGGAAUCGAGAGGAAAUGGAUGGAGGAGCAAGCCAGGCUGGAAGCUGCAGAAGCAGAGGAUGGCGAGGCUUUCAAUAUGCUCGAUAAUGAUCCUCAGCUGCAGCUUCCAGACGACGAAAUGACUGCAACAUGUCCUAUCUGCAAUGCCAGCCUCGAUGGGGUCACUGCUGAGGACGCUACUCGACAUGUCAACGGAUGUCUAGAUGGUAGCCCUAUACCAUUACCGACCCGUGUCAAGCCAGAGCCUGCAGAAAACAGGUUUAUGCCUUCAGAAGCCAAAAACCGCUUUGCGCGGAAAGCUGCAAUCGCCAGACCGGGCCAGGCAAACCCAUUCCAGCUCGGAUCUGCUGACGCUGCUCCCUCAUCAGCGUUCUCCAAACUCAUGUCUGGACAUGCUGAAGACGCUGCGUGGGUGAGUGCUGCUGCUUCAGAGCAAGCAUCAAGGGGAAAACCAGCAUAUCAGAGGACUUGUCCGUUCUACAAGAUCAUGCCUGGUUUCUUCAUUUGCGUGGAUGCAUUCAGAUAUGGUGCUGUGCAAGGUUGCAAUGCGUAUUUCUUGAGCCACUUUCAUAGUGAUCACUAUGUUGGGUUGACCGCUUCGUGGUGUCAUGGUCCGAUUUAUUGCAGCAAGGUCACGGCGAAUCUGGUUAAGCAGCAGCUACGAGUUGAUCCGAAAUAUGUUGUCCCUCUGGAGUUCGAGGAUCGAUUCGAGGUGCCUGGAACUCAAGGAGUUGCGGUUACCAUGAUUCCCGCGAACCAUUGUCCAGGCAGCUCUCUCUUCCUGUUUGAGAAAGUGGUGGGAAAGGGGGCGAGUCCGAGAAUGCAAAGGGUGUUGCAUUGUGGAGACUUCCGCGCAUGUCCAGCGCAUAUCGCCCAUCCUCUUCUCAUGCCAGACAUCGUAUGCUCGAUUACUGGCAAGACCAAACAGCAGAAAAUCGACGUCUGCUACCUGGACACCACGUACCUAAACCCACGCUACGCCUUCCCCUCACAAGAAGAAGUCAUUAAAGCCUGCGCAGACAUGUGCGUGUCUCUCAAGAAAGAACGUGCAGAGGAAAGCGAUGCCUGGGAGGUCAUCAAGCGCGAGCGAGCGGGUCAAGGAAUGACCAAGUUCGUCAACGCCGGUAUCAAGCCCGAAGACGACAGUAUCGCCAUGUCUCUGUCUGCCACCGCAAAACGUCGCGGUCGCCUCCUCGUCGUCUGCGGAACGUACAGUAUUGGGAAAGAGCGCAUCUGUCUCGGCAUUGCGCGAGCGCUGGACUGCAAGAUCUGGGCGCCGCCAGGCAAGAUGAGGAUUUGCGCUGCAUUGGAGGAUGAGGAGCUAAUGGGUCGCAUGACGGAUGAUCCGAAGGAGGCGCAGAUCCAUAUGCAGAUGCUUAUGGAGAUCCGCGCUGAGACGCUGCAGGAGUAUCUGGAUAGUUACAAGCCGCACUUCUCGCGGAUUGUGGGGUUUAGACCAAGUGGGUGGAAUUAUAAACCGCCCAACUCCAGAUUCACCGACUCCCCCUCCAUCCAAACCAUCCUCCACAGCGUGAACUGGAAAUCCUCGUACUCAAUGGCAGAGCUGGUUCCCCAGCGCGGCAGUACUCGCGAAGCAUCCUGCUUCGGCGUCCCCUAUUCAGAGCAUUCGAGUUUCAGGGAACUGACCAUGUUUGUCUGUGCGCUGCGGAUCGAGAAGGUGGUGCCGACGGUCAAUGUGGGGAGUGCGGCGACGAGGGCCAGGAUGAAGAGUUGGAUUGAGAGGUGGAUGGCGGAACGGCGGAAGGGCGGUGUUGUUAGGGUUCAUGAUGGGCAGGGGGAGAGGGAGGAGGGGGUUGUUAGGUGGUAGGUUUGUAUUUUGAUAGGGAUGGGAUGUGUAUGGUGUUUUGGAAUCGCAGAGUUGCAUUAGCUGAAUUGGAGCAUGGGAGCUAUGAGUAACAAUUUCUUGGGUUUCAAUCCUCCGUCUUUUGGGUGGUUCAUGAAGUUGUGCGUCUGCAACCGCUCUCUUUCUUACUAUUGAUUAUAGCCUCGCUUUUCGUUGGAGGGUGAUGUUUGAGGAGUUUUUAACUUGUUGGCCAAAACGUUUUGACUUCGGAGUUUGAGAGGCGCUACGGAGCUUGAGGAUAUCCUCAAUAUCUCCUCGCAUAGUAGGUGUUCAUCCUCCGAAAUUGAUUACCUUUGAAAAAGUGG